AAUCGGGACCACGUAGGAGUACACGCUACUUUUUUUUUGUUUCUAUUCCCACUCAUUUAGCAUCGAAGUGAGGCUCUCAAAUGAAGGGAAAUGAAUGAAGACGAGAUGUUUAAUUGUCGUCGGUUCAGCCCGGCGAAGAAAUGCACGCUGAAGGGCGGUUACCGUGUUUUUUUUUCCCUUGUGUUUUUCCUAACAGGUAGUGAGCGCGAGCGGUCAGUGAGUGUGGCUCUGAACGGGGACUGAAGAUCCCGCUUUGUAAUCUGUUGACAGCUUUUUCCACGCACCUUUGGACCCACCGAGACAUUCAACGACCCCUCUCCUCUUCUAGCAAAUAUGGACAAUGUGUUUGUUGUGUCGUAUCGGGCUAGUUUUGUGAAUUUGUAACAGAUUUCAGCAGCUGGUGGACAUGAAGAAGGAGGACGGUGUGGAUUAAGACUUUUUUCUUUUUCCUUUUUUUUUUGUUUUUGUUUUUGUUUUUGGGCUUCAUCCCCCUCACCUCAAUGUGGGCUGCAAAGGACUUCUUCCCCUUCUGCGGUAUUGAUAUGAAAUGAUGGCAGCAGCACGUUGGAGUGAUUCACCGCAGGACAAUGAGGAGAGCAAACACAGAGCCAUAACUCCAUCUUGUGAGGCCAAGCAGAAGGAUGGGCGCGAUCAGAGCGAAGCAACAGCCACCGCUUCUCCUGGGGCAGAGGAGGAGCCUUUUUCGUGGCCGGGGCCCAAAACACUUCACCUGCGCCGGACAUCUCAGGGUUUCGGCUUCACGCUCAGACACUUCAUUGUGUACCCGCCUGAGUCUGCCGUCCACAAUUCUCUAAAGGAUGAAGAGAAUGCCAGCAGAGGGAGACAGAGAAACCGUCUGGAGCCAAUGGACACCAUUUUCGUCAAGCAAGUGAAGGAGGGAGGCCCCGCCCACGGAGCUGGACUCUGUACAGGGGAUCGGAUAGUGAAGGUGAAUGGCGAAAGCAUCAUUGGGAAGACCUACUCACAAGUUAUAGCCUUGAUCCAGAACAGUGAUGCUUCACUGGAACUCUGUGUGAUGCCAAAGGAUGAGGACAUUUUGCAGCUGUUUUCCAGGGAUAUCACUGCUCUGGCAUAUUCCCAGGAUGCAUACCUCAAAGGAAAUGAGGCAUACAGCGGAAAUGCCCAGAACAUCCCCGAGCCUCCUCCCAUUUGCUACCCACGAAUAGAAGUUAAGGCUGCGGGCAUGUCCCAGCCAUCAGAGCCCUCCGCUGUCAGUGAGACCCCUCGAGGGCCAGCUCAGGGACCUGGAAGACCCGUAGGAGGUGGGCCAAUGGAAAAGAGCUACAGAGUAGAAAUCCCUGUUCCGCCAUCUCCUCCUCCGCCUCAGCAGCAGACGUCAAAAUCUCAGACAGUGGUUUGUGUCUGUAACGAGAACGUGAGGACAGUGGCAAUGUCCCCUGACCCAGCUGACAGGGGGGCUCGGGGGACUCGUACUGUACCUAGCCACAGGACAGAAGAGAACCGGUAUGGUCCUUCAACAGAUACAUCAGCCAAACCCAGACCCCUAGUUCCCUCAAUAUCCGGGGGAGCACAGUUGCAGUACCCCUCUUCUCGUCCGACAGACACACCAGUCUACUCCCCUUCUGUGACUUCUAGACCUAGCCCUGUAUAUCCUGACACCUUAUCCCCUCCUGUACGAGCCCCUCUCACUGCUGCCUCCCCAGACUCUUUCUCCACUGCCAUCUCACCCAGUGCCAACCACUACUCCCCCUCCCCCACAGCCCCUUCCUCCUCUCCACACCAGAACAUUGACUGGAGAACCUACACCACCUACAAGGACUAUAUUGACGCUAAGAGGCUGCACACUUACGGUUGCCGCACCAUCCAGGAGCGCUUGGAUAGCCUGCGUGCAGCUGCCAAUUCCAGCUCUGCCUACACCCAGCAGCGCACACCACCUCCUAGUACCAGUCAAAGAGGGGUGCUGGGGUCCCAGGUCAGACGAAGGAGCGCCUCCAAUGACCGUGGGAUGGACGUAAGGCACCAGGGUCCAGCAGCAAUAACUCCUUUGCGUAGUGCCUCUCAGGAGAGGCUUGGAACUGGAGCAGAGAGGAUGAUACCAGCCAGGAACUGGCCACGGAGUGCUUCCCAGGAUGCACUUCCUUUCUCAACCCCCACAGGGGUCUCCAAACCAAGGGCGCGAUCUUGUGACUACCUGGGCCAGCGACCUGGAGAGUCAACUGGAGACAGUAGAGCAGGGCUGGAUGACAGGCUGAUGCUGUGCCGUGGAGAGGAAGCCAGAGCUAACAGGCAGGGAACAGGCCUGAGAGCUUUACCUCAUCUGAACAGGACUCUCACUGGACAGGAGGACGAAGGUCGAGGAGGUGGAUUAUCAAAUGCAGCUGUAGCUGCCCCUGUGUUUACUAAAGGUAGUACAGAUUCUGUACUAACAUCAAGGACAGAUGGUGUUAUAAUGAGACCGUCACGUCUGCCUGUCAAAAACUCUGUUUCAGAGUCGUCACCUGCCUUAUCCUCCACUAAAGCCACAGACCCUCUUAAAGACCAAAGAGCUAACAUCAUGGGGAACCACAUCGGGUACCCGUCCCCACUGCACCUGCAACUCAGGGGCAGAGCUGACAGUCUGAAAAUAGAGAGCAGGUCUGAGGCAGGCCUGGCAGCCAGGUCCUCCUCUUGCUCUGGUACUUCCUCUAAACUCCCUACACAGCGACUGUUACAAAGUGGCGUUGUUGUCUCCUCCUCUGGUUCCUCCACCACCAAUGGAGCUGUUACUCAAAGGCCAAAUGUCAGUUCCAUUUCCACCACUGUUCCUGUACGAACUAAUGGAGGGCUAACAGAGGGGGUAGAAGGACUUGAUGCAACAGUUGUGGUCGUUAGGAGAGAGAAAAACUCUGGACCUCAUCCCAAUCGUCCUCCGUCCUACAUCCUAGCUGUCAAUGAUAACGAGAGAGGAGUGACUCACAAGUCACCGCCAUUGGUGAAGGCGGGCUCUGCAGACGGAGCCAUGUGCUGGACACCUAACGACACCUACAGGGACAUGCACCUAAGGAGGCUGGGAGACACACGGCAAAAGUCUGGCUCUAACAACCUGGAUGACUCCCUCGAUUCCAUCCCCUUCAUAGAUGAACCAUCUAGUCCGAGCAUCGACCAGGACAGCGAACACAUUCUCGCCUCUGCUGUGAUCUCUGUCGCUCCCAUCAUCACCACCAUCCCGCCUAGCCCCACGUCUCCAUCCCCUCUCAUUCGACGUCAGCUGUCGCACGACCAAGAUUCUCUUCGUCUCACAAUUAUUGAGUCAGAUUCUGGUACGAAAACCGAGAGGUCCAAGUCAUACGAUGAAGGCCUUGAUAACUACCGGGAGGAAAGCAGAGGGAGGUCCUUAAUACCUGGUCUGAAAAGUCUCAGGAAGGCUGUUGACCGGUCAUCAGAAGAUUCAGGGUCCAGGAGGGAUUCAUCAUCAGACGUCUUCAGUGAUGCCACCAAGGAGGGGUCGCUGCAUUUUAAGCAGCUGAAUACAGAGAAGGGCAAGCGUGUUGGAGGGGGGAUGCGUCCAUGGAAACAGAUGUACGCCGUGUUGAGAGGCCAUUACCUCUGCCUAUAUAAAGAUAAAAAGGAGGGGCAGGCUCAUGCUAACUGCCAAGCAGUUGACGAGCCGCUGCCAAUCAGCAUCAAGGCCUGCCUGAUUGACAUCUCCUACAGCGACACAAAACGGAAGAACGUGCUGAGGCUGACCACAUCCGACUGCGAGUACCUGUUCCAGGCUGAGGACCGAGAGGACAUGCUGGCCUGGAUCAGAGUCAUACAAGAGAACAGCAACCUGGAUGAGGAGAACGCAGCCUUCACCAGCCAUGACCUCAUCAGCCGAAAGAUCAAGGAGUACAACACCUUGAUGAGUCCGACAGGCAGUAAGACUGAGCCAUCGCCCAGACCCUCGCGCCAAUCACUGAGCAUCAGGCAGACGCUGCUGGGAGGAAAAGGAGAGACCAAAUCACCAAGUCAACACUCGCCAAAACCAGAGCAAGAGAGGAAGAACAUGCACAAAGAUGACACCAGCCCUCCCAAGGAUAAAGGGACAUGGAGGAAGGGCAUCCCAGGACUGAUGAGGAAACCCUUUGAGAAGAAACCAGCCCCUGGAGUCACAUUUGGAGUGAGGCUGGAUGACUGUCCUCCUGCACAGACCAACAAGUUUGUGCCUCUGAUUGUGGAGGUUUGUUGUAAGCUGGUGGAAGACCGAGGUCUGGAGUACACAGGCAUCUACCGAGUUCCUGGGAACAACGCUGCCAUUUCCAACAUGCAGGAGGAGCUCAAUAACAAGGGCAUGAACGAUAUCGAUAUCCAGGAUGAUAAAUGGAGGGAUCUCAAUGUAAUCAGCAGUUUACUCAAGUCCUUCUUCCGCAAGCUUCCAGAGCCCUUGUUUACAAACGAUAAGUAUGCAGAUUUCAUAGAGGCCAACAGAAUUGAAGACCCAGUGGACAGACUCAAAGUGAUCAAGAGGCUGCUCCAUGAGCUACCCGAUCAUCAUUAUGAGACCCUUAAGUUCCUGUCGGCUCAUCUGAAAACCGUGGCUGAAAACUCUGAGAAGAACAAGAUGGAGCCAAGAAACCUGGCCAUCGUGUUCGGUCCCACUCUGGUGCGCACAACAGAGGACAACAUGACCCACAUGGUGACACACAUGCCAGACCAGUACAAGAUUGUGGAGACCCUCAUUCAAAAUUAUGACUGGUUCUUUACUGAAGAUGGCAAUGGAGAUCCAGUGACUGUGUCCCAGGAGGAGAGUGCGGUGGAGUCUCAGCCCGUCCCAAACAUCGACCACCUGCUCACCAACAUCGGCCGCACGGGCACGUCGCAGGGUGAAGUAUCAGAUUCACCGACUAGUGACUCAGCUAAAUCCAAGGGUUCCUGGGGCUCAGGGAAGGACCAGUACAGCCGAGAGCUCCUGGUCUCCUCAAUCUUUGCUGCAGCCAGCCGCAAAAGAAAGAAGUCCAAGGAGAAAGCGCAGCCUAGCAGCUCAGAUGAUGAUUUAGAUUCAGUGUUCCCCAAGAAGGAAAUCCCUGGCCAGAAGCCAAACCACCAUGGCCUUCAGUCUGAGACGCAGAGCGAGACACGUCCAAGCCCAAAUGCAAAACCCAGCGCAAAGCAGCAGAUACACGCAGAGGAAAGGAAGGAGAACGGGAGUACUCUGGAGCUCACACCAAAGGCCAAGAGAGAGCACAGGAAUUCAUUCUUCCUAAAGGAGAAGACUCCGACCAGACGCCCCUCACCUUCCCCCUCCCCAUCCCCAAACAUGUCUGGAUCUCCUAACAUCAGCUACCAAACCGCUCCUGCAGGGAAGUCGUCCUUGUCCGAUCCGCCAUCCCUGGAUGAAAACACCUCUGACCUCGGCACUAUGAGUUCUGGAGCUUCGGUGCCACGGUCCCGACCCAAGAAGUGGACCUUAGGACUGUCCACAGAUCAGUCUGCUGGACCAGGAACUGGACUGGGAGUAAACGCAGGAGCCUCUGCUGGUGCUGAGGUGAGCUCCAUAACCUCUGAUUACUCCACUACUUCUUCUAUCACUUUCCUGACUGGAGCCGAGUCCAGUGCGCUCAGUCCAGAGCUGCAAGGAGGGGAAGAGGCCGAUGAUGAACGCAGCGAGCUCAUCAGUGAGGGACGGCCCAUGGAGACGGACAGUGAAAGUGAUUUCCCUGUUUUUGCCCCGGGUGGGGGCAGCAGCCAGUCUACCCCCUGCCCAGAGCAACCUCAGACUGAGCAUGGGGGUCAGGGAAAAACUGAAGCGAGAGGCGGGGCAGGUGAGGGGAGCACCACGCCGAAAAUGGAGUCGCGGCGUCUUUUCCCCUCGCAUCGACUAAUAGAGUCCGACACCCUGUCCAGGAGGUGGUCCUUAAGACACAAAACAGACAGUGAGUCAUCAGUGGAAGGGGUAACUAGCAGUGGGGAGCGUGGCGAGGGCAGGUCGGAGUCUUCCACGCGUUUGUCUCGGGUGCUGGAGGUGAUGAAGAAGGGGCGGUCCACCAGCAGCCUCAGCUCGUCCUCACGCAGUGAAUCUGAGCGCGCCGAACCGGCCUGGCACCUUAAGAUCACAGAACGCCUCAAGUUCAGGUUACGCACGUCGGCUGACGACAUGUUCAGCGUCAGUACACAGAAGAACCGCCCCCCCGACGGCCGCGGGAAGAAGAAGAACAUCCGCAGGAGGCACACCAUGGGCGGGCAGAGAGACUUCGCCGAGCUGGCGGUCAUCAACAACUGGAGGGAGCAGGGCGGAGUGGAGCAGGUGGCCGAACUGUCCGCCGUGGACCGCCUCAAGCCCCGGUGCUCCUCUCAGGACUUCUCCAUCAGGGACUGGAUUGCAAGGGAGCGCUGUGGGGGUGCAGGCUCCGAGUCCAGCACGGAGGUGGCACCCAAAGCUGAACCUGAGGACGACCAUCCUGAAGCCCAGGAUGCGCCUCCGGAGAAACCCACCAUGUCCGCCUCCCCUGGCGCUCAGCCGGCAGCGGGGGAGCACGUCAACGGUAGCGGUGCACUACAAGGAAAGUCCAAGGCCGCACUCGGAGCCGACCCACACCCACACAAACUCUCUGGAGCACAGGUCGUCCGCUCACGGUUCUACCAGUAUCUGUGAAACGGCAAGAGUCGUCUUGUCUAGUGUGUAUGAGGGGAAAAAGGAGAAUGGAAGUGUGUUUGUGUGUGUGUUGGUAUUUUAGCGAAGGUUACUGCACAAUAUUUUUUCUACAAGUAUCCCUUCUGUAUCUACUGUACAUACUGUGUAUAGGCUUCCAUGAUUGUUACUGGAAUAAUGCUGAAGAUGUCUAUGUGUGUAAUUCCACUGAUUCGUUGGCCAUACUGGAACAGACAUGGAAAUAAAACACAACCUUCCUCCUGUAAGAUCAAAUAAUGAACGAAUGUGACUUAGCUGAUGAUAUGUGAGACAAAUGAACUGUGUGGAAUGUUACAGAGCUCUAUUGAAACCUACAGGGGUCGACUUGACUAAAACUAUUACUGAAGAACCCCAGACGACUCUGCAGGAGGAGGCCUUUUUUCUAAAGAAUCACGGUUCAGUUCUUCCUAUUGUAAGCGGUAUGAAGAAUGUAUUACUCCUAUAUUUGGACUAACACUAUUUGCUUGUGACAAUACUGUCAUUUUCAAAACAAUAUGUAUUUUUUUGCCUGUACUUGAAGUAUGUGGGUUUAAUCGAGGGCUGCUUUCUGAGCUGGGUGCUGUGGGAAGUUCUUGUUUCUUUUUUUUUUUUUUCACAGUACUGUCACAACAGCCAGAUAUUAGCUUGAGGGACUGGAGGAUUAUUAUAGUUUUAUCAAAUAAAGACUGAAAAAAUGUAAUGAAAUGCUGAUACUAUGGUAUGUAAUGCUUGGUACAGUAGUUUUUAUUUCCAAACUUGUUCAGUUAUAGUCCAAAAAGUACAUUUUUACAUAUGUGUGAUUAUUUUUAUCUAAAAAAAAAAUAAUAAAAGUGCCUCUUUUGUUUUUCUGUUUUGUUUUGUUUUUUUAAACUGUUUUUACCAACAGUUGUCGAAACGAGACAGAUUUUAAAUACAUUUGUAGGAAACCAUAAUCUACCAGGCAUUCCAGAGAUCUUGUUUUCAUUCGGGGUUUUCCUUUUUUAGUUUCUGACAUCGGAGCAUCUACAUUUCUGUCAGUGUAUGUUUCCUUUUCCCCCUGUGUAUAAUUUAAAUGCAGUAAAAUGCAUGGGCGUUAAACCUUGGGAGAUCAACCUACAGACCUAUCUUGGAAACUGCAUGAGACAAUGUUUUGUAAACAGUAACGUCUCGCCUGUGUACAGCAUCACAUGGCUGCAAAGCCCUUCCUCAACAAACACUGGAAAUAAAUAAUCUUUAUUAGA